AUGGGAAGCGAAGGCACCAAAGCAAAUUCCGUUCUUACCCUAUUAAAACCAAAAACCACUGUUGCUGCUGCCAAACCGGCAGCUCGCUCUGCCCAAAAGCCCAACGCGGUCAAUCAUACAGUCUUACCAUCACCCACAACCACCCAAAACCCUCCAACAACCAGCACUGCAGGACCCGCCAAAAGUAAGCCCAGCCCACCAGUGAUUCAGACCACUCCCGCAGCGCCCCCAAAGACAGCUUCUGCCCCCAAUGCAUCCAACAAAGGCAAACUCUCUGCUUCAGUCAACCAGACAGCCCCAGCCAAGCCUCAGGCUGCGGCUGAGGCUAAAACAGUCAAAGUGAAACCUUCUCCCACAGCACCAUCCAAUGUUCAGCAGACAGUAGCAAAAAUCACACCAGCAAGCAGUGCCAAGACAACAAAGGACAAAGUGUCAGUGAGUGUUUCAGCCAAGUCUGUGUCUAAUGCAGCGACAGUCAAAGCCAAAGUCAAACCUCAAGCUUCUGUAAAUCAAACCACAACUGAAACAAAAGCAGCAAAAGACAAGUCAACCCCAUCAAGAACAUCAACUGCUCAGGUCGCCUCUGCAAAGCCAACCAAAGAAGCAAAAGAGAAAGCUCAACCUGCUGCUACAGUCACAACAAAACCUGCUUCAACUAACAUUAAUGUUGCAAAGAAGACCAUACCAGCAAUUGUGCCAGAUGCUCAAUCCACUUUGAGUACAUCUGGAUUAGAUGGUGCAAAUACUAAAGAAAAAGUAGUGACUACUACGAAUACUUCUGCGGCAGCUAAACCAUCACUACCCUUGGCCGCUACAGACAAGAUCCCCAAGGAAAAGGCCACCUCCACAAGUCAAACUGUGAAACCAGCUACUAAAGCUCUUACCACAGCUGCACGAGGUAAAGACCAACCUUCAGCCAAUCAAACGCUGGUCGCCAAAGUUACCAAGCCUAGUACUGCCCCCACCCCGCCAAUCAAGGUGGUCAUAAGGGAUGGUUGUGAGUCCGGCGGUAAAAAGGACGAGGAGAUGGAGCUUAAGCCAGGAGCUCCUAUAGUGAUGACGCACAAGAUCAGUUUGGUACCAACCAGCUGCAAGGGCGGAUGUGAGGCUAAGAUGGCUGCUCUUGAGGGACGAUUGGCUCUGCUGGAAAAAGAAAUGUCAUCCAUGAAAGAGAAGUGUGCCUGUUCUGCAAGCUGUCCCAAUGACUGCAGUGGCAAUGGUAAAUGUGAGAGAGCAAAAUGUAUUUGCCAACAAGGAUUUAUUGGAUCAGACUGCAGCAGAGUUGUCAAAGAAAAGCCUAAGACUACAGGAGAAACCGGUACAACAUCAACUAAAAAAAAUAGUAGCACAAAGGAUGCAUCCCAAUCUAAGACCAUCAAGGGAGAUUCUAAAGUAUUGGACUCUACAGCCAAAGAAGGAAGUAAAAUACAGACCAAAACAGACACUUCAGUUAAAAAAAUUGACUCUUCUACCAAGACUCAGAUAUUGCUGAAUAAAGGGAAGAAGCAGGAGGUGCGCACAGAUAGGCCCGCUGUCAUGACUCCAAAGAAGACUCAGGAUUCAAAAGUCGAAAAGACUAAGGACUCCAAGGUUGAAAAGAAUAAGGACAGCAAAGUUGAGGAAUCUGUCGAUAGGCCCACAAGUACAUCUAACAACCUCAAAGAUGAACCUCGCACCAACGUCACCCAAAUUUCAACAAAGAAGGUCGGUAAUGCAACAAAAUCUGCUACGGAGACAAGCAAAACACGAGUGGAACAAUCCACCAUGACGGAGAAGUCUUCCACUCAACAAAUCCACAGCACGGAGAAGUCUUCCACUCAACAAAUCCACAGCACGGAGAAGUCUUCCACUCAACAAAUCCACAGCACAGAUAAGUCUUCCUCUCAACAGACCCAAAAAGAAAAGGGAAGUGAUGACAAACAAGUUGCCGAUGGUAAAACGGCAAAGAUCAAUCAAAAGAGUAUGUAUAUUGUGAAUGUGACGACUGCGCAAGCAACAGAAGAGACUGGACCACCGCAAAACAAGAGCGACGAAGUCAAAGAUUCACUUCCAAAAUCAGGAGGACUAGGGUCAGUAAGGGUCACCAAUGUUUCGUCUUACAGCUUUAUCCUCACCUGGUCUGCUCCACAUGGAAUGUUCAAGAACUUCACAGUGGUCCGUCGUGAACCGGAGACUGCAGACAUCGAAGAAGAGGAAGUCUUUGACAAAUCCCAAACAGGAAAGAACAUUACAGAGGUCCAGGCGCAGAGUGAAAUUGCCGUCAAUGGAACAUCUUCUGGAAAAGUGACAGCAACAAGAAGUAAAGCAGAAGGUAGAAGGGUAUCAAUGGUCGUUCCUGGAAACACGCGUUCUGUAGAAUUCAGUAAUCUGCAGGCGAACACGCGAUAUGUGAUUUACGUCUACGCAUCAGGACAGGACAAAAGAUCCAAAAUGCACAGAGUAACGGCUACAACAGGCCCAGAGCCGCUCGAGGAAGUGUUGUUCGGAGAUCUCACUGAGAAUUCCUUCACUUUGUCGUGGAAUAAACCAAAGGGUGCAUUUACUGGCUACAGAAUCACAUACAUCAACAUCGUCACAGGGGAAAACCAUUCAGUGACCCUAGGGACUGGAUACAUGACUUUUACUCUGUCCAAGUUGUCUGCUGGCACCUCCUACAUCGUGACUGUGUGCACUAUGAAUGGAAGAGUCCUGAGUGACGCGCACACCACUCUAAUCACAACAGUGCCAGCUCCCCCUACAGACUUCCAGGCAGUAGAUGUUUCAGACACAAAGGCCCUGCUGAAGUGGACGCCCAGUUUGGGGAAAGUCGAUCGCUUCGUCAUCAGCUACGAGUCGUCCAAAACUCCAAAUGUGACGGUGACUGUGAUGCUUUCUGCGAACACUGUUGAACACCAACUGAAGGGCCUUCAAAGAGGAACCAUGUAUUCGGUCAAGAUCUUUACCCAAAAAGACGAUUAUCAAAGUGCGAGUGUUUCCACCACAUUUACUACUGCUAACGCGGUCAAGCCCAGUGAAGUCGGCGCACAUUAUGCCGUCAUCACAUGGAAGCUCUCCACUUUUUACCACAGCUACAGAAUCACAUAUCAGGUGGUUGGAGAAGAGACCAAGCAGGAGAUUAUUUUGGAUCCGACCACAUCUGAAUACAAGCUGACAGGCCUUGUUCCCAUGUCUCGCUACACAGUGUUGGUGCAAGGGCACAGAGAUGGACACUACACUUCUGUUGCCACUACAGAGUUCACCACUGGAAAACUCCGCUUCCCAUUCCCCACCGAAUGCUCCCAGGAGCUGCUGAACGGAGCUCUUCAGUCUGGAGAGGUGGACAUUUACCCCCAGGGCAGAGAGGGGCCGGCAGCCAGAGUCUACUGUGACAUGGAGAGCGAUGGCGGGGGCUGGACGGUUUUCCAACGGAGAAUGAACGGAAAAAUUGACUUCUACAGAACGUGGAAUGAAUACAGCACCGGUUUUGGAAACAUCAGUGAAGAAUUCUGGCUUGGGAACAGGCUGCUUCACAACCUGACCAGUGUGGGGCCGGUCAGCCUCAGAGUGGACAUGAGGUCUGGGAACGACACGGCGUUCGCUCACUAUGCAAACUUCUCCAUCGACUCCGAGGAACGCCACUACACCCUGAGCCUCUCCGGAUACACCGGGACCGCAGGUGAUUCUAUGAGGUACCACAACGGUCGGCCAUUCUCAGCCAGAGACAAGGACCCUGAUCCUCUGGGCAUCCACUGCUCCAGGGCCUACAUGGGCGGCUGGUGGUACAAGAACUGUUAUAAAACUAAUCUCAACGGUCUGUACGGCAUCAACAGCAACAAUCAGGGAAUAGUGUGGAUCGACUGGAAAGGCAAAGACGCCUCUAUUCCAUUCACUGAGAUGAAAUUCAGACCCUCCAGGUUUUCCCCGGCCACACACGGCUAA